GCCCCGUGGCCCCGCCCGCGAGCCUCGCCUGAGGCCGGUCAGCUCAGCCUAGGCGCCCGCCCCCACCAGUUAAAUGGGCCGGCGGGACGCAGCCCCCGGAAACUGCAGCGAACUCCGGGGCUGUGGGCGCCACCGACAGCAGUGAGGCUUAGUGAGCAUCAUGGCACAGCAGGUGGCCCUGAGCCGCAUCCAGGUGUGUGGGAUCCUGCGGGAAGAGCUGUACCAGGAUCACGCCUUCCACCCGUCGGACACACAUGUUUUCAUCAUCAUGGGGGCUUCGGGUGACCUGGCGAAGAAGAAGAUCUACCCCACUCUCUGGUGGCUCUUCCGGGACGGUCUCCUGCCCGAAAACACCUUUAUUGUGGGCUAUGCGCGCUCCCCACUCACGGUGGCCGCCAUCCGCCAGCAGAGUGAGCCCUACUUCAAGGCCACCCCGGAGGAGAAGGCCAAGCUGGAUGACUUCUUUGCCCGCAACUCCUACGUGGCUGGCCAGUACGACGACAGCGCCUCCUACGACCGCCUCAACCAGCACAUGAGUAGCCUCCAACGGGGGCCACCAUCCAACCGCCUCUUCUACCUGGCCUUGCCGCCCACAGUCUAUGAGGCGGUGACCAAGCAUAUCCGAGAGAGCUGCAUGAGCCCCACAGGCUGGACCCGUGUCAUCGUGGAGAAGCCUUUCGGGAGGGACCUCCAGAGCUCCAACCGGCUGUCAGACCACAUCUCAAAGCUGUUCCGCGAGGAGCAGAUCUACCGUAUCGACCACUACCUGGGCAAGGAGAUGGUGCAGAAUCUGAUGGUGCUGAGGUUUGCCAACAGAAUCUUUGGCCCCAUCUGGAACCGAGACAACAUUGCCUGUGUCAUCCUCACCUUCAAGGAGCCCUUUGGCACCGAGGGCCGUGGGGGCUAUUUCGAUGAAUUUGGGAUUAUCCGGGACGUGAUGCAGAACCACCUGCUGCAGAUGCUGUGUCUGGUGGCCAUGGAGAAACCUGCCUCUACCAGUUCGGAUGACGUCCGCAACGAGAAGGUGAAGGUGCUGCAGUGCAUCUCAGGGGUGCAGGCAGAGAACGUGGUGCUGGGCCAGUACGUGGGGAACCCAGAAGCAGAGGGAGAGGCCACCAAAGGGUACCUGGAUGACCCCACAGUGCCCGCAGGCUCCACCACUGCUACCUUUGCAACUGUUGUCCUGUACGUGCAGAACGAGAGGUGGGAAGGGGUGCCGUUCAUCCUGCGUUGCGGCAAAGCCCUGAAUGAGCGCAAGGCCGAGGUGCGUCUGCAGUUCCGCGACGUGGCAGGCGACAUUUUCCAGCAGCAGUGCAAGCGCAAUGAGCUAGUCAUCCGUGUGCAGCCCAACGAGGCAGUGUACACCAAGAUGAUGACCAAAAAGCCCGGCAUGUUCUUCAGCCCUGAGGAGUCCGAGCUGGACCUCACCUACGGCAGCCGCUACAAGAACGUGAAGCUCCCCGACGCCUAUGAGCGCCUCAUACUGGACGUGUUCUGCGGGAGCCAGAUGCACUUCGUGCGCAGCGAUGAACUGCGUGAGGCCUGGCGAAUCUUCACUCCACUACUGCACCGGAUCGAGCAUGAAAAGGCGCCACCAAUUCCCUACGUCUACGGCAGUCGCGGCCCCACGGAAGCGGACGAGUUGAUGAAGAGAGUUGGCUUCCAGUAUGAGGGCACCUACAAGUGGGUGAACCCCCAUAAGCUGUAAGCCCAGCAGCCUAUCCCCCCACGACCGCAGCCUCACCUUCCUGCCACCCGCCUCCUACCCACCAGAGCGACAGGCACCGUCGUCCCCCCAAGCCCCGCUGAACAGUCCCCUCGGUGCCACUCGACAUUCCUAACCAUCCGCUGGCAGGGCCCCGGGGUGCCUCGCUGCCCAGCUCAACUCUGCACUCCACGGCCACCCCCAGGGCCGCCAGCCAUUAAACCCAUUCCAGCUGCC